UUGAAAGAUAUGAAAAUGGCUGAUGUAUGUGUAGUCAUUCCCUACAACUUCAGACAAACAUUAAUCUAUCAUGUAGAUUAAGUGGUGUGACUGCACAUUGUAACUUGGUCAGCCAGAUCAGGGAUGAUUAGAUGAUUUUGGAAAAAAGUAAAGUUCACAUAUAAAAAAGUAAAUGUAACAAUCAUGAUAAAAACACUCAUGUUUGUUUGGUUGUUUAUUAUGUCUUGCUUCACUACACCUCCUCCAUAGAAUGAAGUCUAUAUUCCACCCUGAUUUAAACGUAAAGCAACAAUUUUUCAUUACAAUAUAGGUCUUUGUAUACAUUAAGGUUUAUUUCUUAUGCUGAAAAAGACCUGGAUUGAUAUUCUGAGAUUCAUCUUAUCUCAGAUGCAAUAAAAUAUUUCAUCUCUGUUUUAGUGUUAACACCCUUAAAAUCUCUCCAAAUUGGUAUUUUGAGAAUAAUUUUUAUUUUCAUCUUCAUUUCAUCUCUGUAAGACACCUAUUUUUGAAGCAAUAUCUGAUGAGAAAUACAGUUUCAAGCUCUCUCAUCUCCUUCAACCAAUGAAAAUCAAAUCGCCAGGAGGUGUGGCAAAGGAGAGAGGUUGCGUCAAUUCAUUGACUUCAAAUACGCUUGCACUAUACGCUAGUGCAUCUUUACAGAGAUUUCUAUUUAGAAAUGAUGAAACUCUCAUCUUUUUGUUGAUGUCAAUAUUGCAUCGUUACAACAGUGUGGUAAAAUGUACCACAGUCUGGGGCAUGCGCGACUGCUCCCUACAUGUAGUAAUGUUGGAUGGGUUGGAGCAUCGAGGAUUCAUGUACUAUAGAGGCUGUGUGCACACAAAAAUAGACCCCAAGCCCUGUGUAUUCAUCCAUGCUUGGGUGCACAACUCGGGUCUCAGCAUAGCUGCAUAGUCAGGCCAGCCAAGGGAUCUAAUGAUCACUUGGAUAGUCGACCGGUGCGAGACGAGGACGUCUGUGAUCUACACAAAUUAACCUUUGCUUUGCCCGUUCGCCCUUCGAGUUUUAUCUACACCACGAAUACGUCAUACCAAUAUUACAUCCACAGCAAGUAUUAUACAUCACAGCAACAUCUUUCUUUGAGCCUGCUUUUUGGUCUGCCGGUUCCUAAAAAAACGUUUCAGCAGUCUCGUCCUAGUCGAGGUCGACAUCAUGACUACUCUGCAGUCAACUUUGAACCUGCUCUUCACCUCGUGAACGAAGGCUCAUCAAUAAGAUCUGCAGCUUUUCAGUGUGGAAUUCCUAGGUCAACACUCCAUGAUCGAGUCAGAGAGAAAUAUGGUGCCAACCCCAUGAAUACAGGACCGGCGCCGAUCCUCAGCCAUGAUGAGGAGCAGGAGCUCGUCGAUCACAUCAAUUAUUUAGCAGACCAUGGCUAUGGUCUCUCGAGAAGAGAUGUUAUUCGCCUAGGAAGUGACCUUGCCACUCACCUUGGCCGUCUUCUCCAUCGAUCCACAGACAAGCGACUACUCACAUUCAACUGGCUUCUGUCAUUUAUGAAGCGAUGGACCUCCCUUCGAUUGGUGAAGCCGCAGUCACUUAGUAUGGCACGUGCCAGAGCGUCAAAGCCCAAUUUGGUUACGAAUUACUUUAAUGAACUCAGCGCCAUUCUAAAGAAAUAUGACUUGGAGGGCAAAGGAGAGAGAAUUUACAACAUCGACGAAGUCGGGUUUAAUUGUGAACACAAGCCCGUCAAGAUUGUGGCAAGGAAGACACUAACUAGGCCGCAAUUCAUAGUCACUCCACGUUCUUCCUUGACAACUUUGAUAACUUGCGGCAAUGCAGCUGGGGAAUGCCUCCCACCUUUUCUUGUUUUCAAAGGGAAGAAAACCUGGACAAGUUCAAAGACGGUGCAAUUCCAGGAACGAGAGUGGAAAUGAGCGACAGUGGGUGGGGUAACUCAAUCAUCUUUGAGGACUUCUUCAAGAGUCAUUUCACGCCCUUUGUGGAUGCCAGAAGAGAGAAGGGAGAAAAGGUCAUCUUGAUUUAUGACGGACAUAAAUCACAUGUGCCCAUCAACGUGAUCAAACAUGCACGAGAACACAACAUCGUCUUGUUUCUUCUCCCGGCACACACCAGCCACUUUCUCCAGCCCUUGGAUGUAGGUGUAUUUAGCCCGCUCAAGUCUUACUACAAUGUCAUCUGUAGUAGGUAUCUCCGUGAACAUCCUGGCAAGGUGAUCACGAGGGACCUCCUCACCAAGUUGAUUGGAGAAUCCUAUCUACGAACCGUGAACAAGUCUAACUUGCAAGCUGGAUUCCCGGCAACAGAAAUUCACCCAUUCCGUCCAGACAAGAUUAAUGCAGAGGAAAUGUGUUGUCCAGCCAGCCUUGUCAAUCCAUCAAGUAAUCCUGAGGUAGGCCUAACUAGGGACACUGCAUCUGAUGCAGAGGCAGCUGCAUUCCUGAUCGAUCGACGACCAACCCCCCCUAGCGAGGAUUCUGCCAUCACAAGGAAAUGGAAGUUUCAGCCUGCCGGGGUAGCUAUCACAGAAACAGAUGUCUACCUCAAAAUACUUGAGGCAAAUGGUGUUGAUCCUGAUGAUGAUGAUGACACUUUCCAAGUUCCGGAAGAGAUCCAACCUUCAAAGAAAGGGAAAUGCAAGAAGGACAAAAACCUUAUGCCAGCGAGUCCAAAGGAGUUUGCUACACCCACUGCCGCCCCUGCCCAGUCAGAAAUCCCAGGCACAUCUGGUAUGAAUGAUUCGUCACAAACGCGACGGAAACUUGUCUUUCGCGAAGACACACAGAGUGAGGAUGAACUCGAGGAGAUGAUGAAUCUUCAAACUGCUGUGUGUGUGUCAAGCAAGUGUGCCCAAACAGGUGGACAGAACCCACAUCUUCAUCCUUGAUUAGGUAAAGUGUGACCAUUGCAAUCACUAGGUCCAUCUGCGGUACUGCUGUCGCUGGUUCAGAGCACCCAAUUCCUUUGACUGCCCAUGCUGCGAUGAGUGUUAAAGUUUUUCAAAUGUCUCUGUUCCACAUUUCACUAUAUUUUGCUGUAUUCUCUUUCUUGAAACAUAUUUGUUUGAUGUCAAUAUAUGUGACUGUUUAAAGUUUAUUCUCUUCAACAAAAUGCAACCGUCUUAUCCUCAAUUAUUCUUUAUUGUUAGGUUCUAGAUAUAUCAAUAAAUACUGAUGGUACUCG